ACAAUGAUAGUCAGUUGAUUCCAGUCGACCUUGGUUAUGGUGCUAUUUAGAGUUCUCUACCCAAGACAACGAGCGCCGAUUCUUGAUGAACGUGCCUUUUAGCUGUGGCAAUUGAUUUGAGAGUAACAAUAGACCCCAUGAAUGCGAGAAUCAUCAUAGCUGCAGUAGGGGCACUUAUUAUCACUGGAACGUUGACAGAAUGUUUAGAACAAGAUGAACACAACAUAGCAGGGUGCCUACGAGCCUGCGGCUGGGACGAGCGGAAAUCUUUGACCAAGAGAGCUCGGGCCAGCUCAUCUCUCUCCUGCGAUCAGUGUUUAAGAAGGAGGAGAGACCUCUAUCGACAUGCUAUCACUGCCUUUGUAAGACGUCGGAGGCAAUCUCUUAGUUAUGACUGUGCGAGCAGGGCUGAUGACAAUUCACCCGUACCUGAAAUACAGCUUGCAUCCAAUGUCUCCGUAAAAUUCGGACAGUAUGAUAACACAGACGACUGGUAUGCCUACGUAUCUUGGAGUCCAAUCAAUGAUCCGGCUGGUUUUUUAAAAGGCUAUUCUGUUCGCUACUUGUAUGACAUUGAUAUACUUUGUGCUAACGUGCCGAAGGUAAGAAGAGAGGUCUCAUUGCUAGCUCUAUCCAUAAGAUAUUUGAUUGAUCUGGUCGACUGGUAUUGUGUAAACAGGUAAAAUAAGUGUAUACCCUCAUACGUUUCGUGGCUAUUCCA